AUGUCUCUUAGCAUUGUUCGUGGUAGUCGUAUUUCUCGUGAAUUAUGCACUUUAUUUUUGGCUAUUCUUUUAUCACAUGAAAUUACUCAUGCAGUUAAAUAUAUUGGUGAAAAGCAAAAAACUACACCAGAAUUAUCAUUUUUUAGAACAUAUUCAAGUCCUGAUGAAUAUGAUGGUGGAAACGCAUUGGAACACGAAUUGUUUUGUGGUGAAAUGCAUAUUAAUCGUGAUUGUACACGUACUGAUGUUGAAUUGUUUAACAAACAAUAG